AUGGCCAUUAAUGAAAUUUUAACGAUUUCCCCGCGUUUAAAAGUUAAUGUGUUAAGUGUUGGAGCAAUUCUUACUUUGUUUCUGGGAACUCAGUUUAAUUCUAUUCUACAAUCGAUAUCUAUGGCUGAAGUGAGCCUCCUGGUGCCUUUAAUACAAGCAGUUGAAGUGGCCAUCGUGGCUCUGUCAUCCAUAAAACUUGGAGUUUCGGAAUACCCACCACAGGCUCACGUUGAAGAUGGCCAGACGUUUGACUUCAUCGUAGUCGGAGCAGGAUCAGCGGGCUGUGUGUUGGCCAACAGACUGACAGAGAUAUCGAACUGGAAAGUUUUACUCGUAGAGGCUGGAGAUGAUCCCUCUGCCGCGUCAAACUCACCAGGGAUAUCAAUGUUGGUGUCUUCAAAAUUGCCUAACUGGAACUACUUCACCGUCAACGAUGGCUAUUCAAGUCAAAGCCUUAAAGAAAAGCGCAUAGAACAGCUUGCUGGCCGGAUGCUGGGAGGAUCCAGUAGUAUUAAUUUCAUGUUCUACCUUAGAGGUAACAAGGCUGACUAUGAAACCUGGGUUCAAAAAGGCAAUCCAGGUUGGGAUUGGAAUAACGUCACGUCUUAUUUCAAGAAGAGCGAACGCCUCAAUGACAGAACCAUUAUGGAAAGUGAAUCCGGCUCAUUACAUAACACAGACGGUUACUUGGGAGUUACGAGGCCAGAUUGGUAUCACAGAACGAGUGAAUAUUUAGACGCCUUUAAACAAAACGGCCAUGAAAUUCUGAUAGAAAACAAUGGACAUCAACAGUUAGGUUACGCUCCAGCGAGCUUUACAGCUGAAAAAAAUAAUCGACAAAGUACGGCUAAUGCUUUUCUCAAGCCUGUUAAAAAUCGGAAAAAUUUGUAUGUCCUUAAAAAUACUAAAGCCAGGAAGAUCUUGUUUGACAAAUGUAAAAGAGCAGUAGGAGUUGAGUUAAAAUCAACUGGCGGAAAAGUGAUAAAAGUUAAGGCCCGAAAAGAAGUUGUCCUGUCUGCUGGGGCUAUUAACAGUCCACAACUGCUUAUGAUUUCUGGUGUAGGACCCAAGGAACAUUUAGAAAAAAUGCGUAUAGACGUAUUACUCAAUUCGCCAAACGUGGGUAAGAAUCUACAAGAUCAUCCACUGGUACCAAUAGUUAUUACUAGAGACCAAAAGUUUUCGUCGGUCAUCGAGAACAUUGAGCCUUUAAAAUAUUUGGACCGCUUCCCUUUGCCAGCCAUCGUAGGUUUUGCGGCUCUGAAUAAGUCACAAGGUUAUCCAGACUACCAAGCGACCGCCGUUCCAGUGCCAGUCGCCCCUAUAUUACCAACCUUACUUUGUUCCACUGUAUUUACGAUAAACGAUAAGUCUUGUACUGUUCUAGCCAAAGACACUAAACUAAAAGGAGCCCUGGUAGGUUUAGUUACCCACGUGCAGCCAAAAUCGAGGGGACAAAUCAUAUUAAGGACUUCAGACCCAGAAGACAGCCCUCUCAUAUAUUCAGGGUAUUUUAAUAAUACUGAGGAUUUAGAGAACUUUGCUAAAUACGUUGAGGAUUAUGUAAGCGUAAUAAAUACACCAUAUCUUCGGAACUUGAAACCAGAGAUAAUAGAUUUAAGAGUGCCUCAGUGCCAAGACCUUAAAUUUCCCAGUCAUGAGUACUGGAAAUGUUAUAUUUUGAACUUAUCGAGCAGCCAUUACCAUCCAGUUGGCACUUGUGCAAUGGGAUUGGAAGGACUUGGAGUGGUGGACGAGAGACUUCGAGUUCGAGGGGUGAGAAGAUUACGAGUGGUAGAUGCUAGUGUAAUGCCGACCAUUACCAGGGGAAAUACAAAUGCUCCUACUAUAAUGAUUGCUGAGAAAGCUGCCGACAUGAUCAAGCAUGACUAUGGGUUAUAUGAAUAA